CUCGCAAACCCGCUGAAGUGGGUUUUAAUGAAAAUCAGUGCAAUCCUGUUCAGCAGAGCGUUUCAAAGGAUGUCUCAGAACCUAGUUCAGUACAUCAUUGUUCGGAAGGACGUCCUCAAGGAGCAUGGGCUCCACUUCAUAAUGGGCGAGGCUUGUUUAGUUUGUUCCGCUGUUCAUUUUGCGUGCCAAGAAGAUCCGGCCACGCAAGAGUACUUCAAGGACGUGGACAACAUGCACAAAGUCGUCCUGGGGGUUGAUAAUGAAUCGCAAUUGCUGAAGUUGGCUAAUGAUCUCAAAGAAAAGGAUUUUUCUUUCGAGCUGCGGACAAAUCCUGAGAAAAACAUUCCCACUUGUUUGGCCAUAAAGGUUUACGAGAAGGGAGAAAUUGCUCAUAUGGUGAAGAAAUUCAAGCUUCUGCGAUAG